AUGACUUUCUCUUCUUCGAGGAUUCCAUUCCUCCGAGCAAUCCCAGAUUUGUCCUUUGCAGAUGAUUCAGAGAAUUCUCCAACUGGUUCAACAACACAGUUAGUAGCACGAGGAAAUUGGGGGAAUCAGAUUGAAUUUAUACUCUCGUGUUUAAAUUAUGCUGUUGGAUUGGGAAAUGUGUGGAGGUUUCCACAUCUAGCGUUCCGGAAUGGUGGUGGAGCUUUUCUUAUCCCUUAUCUACUAAUGGUGUUCGUUAUCGGCCUUCCAAUAUUUUUCGCGGAAUUGUUUAUCGGCCAGUAUUCUGGACUUAGUCCAAUAAAAGCUUAUUCGUAUAUUUCGCCACUUUUUAAAGGAGUCGGGUAUUGUACGCUUCUUGUUAUCAGCUACGUUUCAAUCUAUUAUAUGGUCAUAAUCGCAUGGGUUCUUUAUUAUCUUUGGACGUCAUUUUUUCCGACUCUUAUCUGGGGAAGUUGUGAUAAUGAAUGGAAUUCUGAAAAUUGUUUCAGUACAAUUGAAGACAUUAAUUGUCAAAGAUUUAACGAGGGAAAUCCAUCAGACGAAAUCUUCUUUCGAGGCAGUUGUGUCGAUAUUGAAUCAAUCUGUUCAAAAAAUGGUCUUUUAGGAGUGAAUGUAAAUUUCUGUUUUAACCAAACGACAAAUUCGGAAGUUCCAUUGAACGAAGUGAUAUUUCGAAGACUGUCAUCAGAAGAAUUCUUUUAUGAUGGAGUACUUGGAUUAUUUGAUGCUACUUGGACAAAAGGCUGGGGAUUUCCUCAAGGACAUUUGGUGCUUUGCUUAGCAAUUGGAUGGAUUCUUGUGUUCUUCUGUAUAAUGAAAGGAGUUCAAUCGAUGGGAAAAGUUGUUUAUUUCACUGCAAUUUUUCCUUAUUUUAUUCUCACUGCAUUAUUGAUUCGUGCAGCGACAUUAGAAGGUGCUGUUGACGGUAUGUGGUUUUAUAUUACGCCAGAAUGGGGAAAACUUUUAAGACCAGCUGUUUGGGGUGAUGCGUCAAGUCAAAUUUUUUAUUCUUUUGGUCUUGCUUGUGGAUCAUUAGUCACUUUUGCUUCCUUUAACAAGUUCAAAAACAACUGUCACUUUGAUGCAGUUUUUGUGUCUUUAGCAAAUUUUAUGACUGCGGUGUUUGCUGGUUUCGUCGUUUUUUCUAUUUUAGGUUUUCUCUCAGCAUCAAUGAAUGUUCCGAUUGAAGAUGUUGUUGCUUCGGGACCGGGCUUAACAUUCAUUACUUAUCCAGAAGCUGUUCUUCUAAUGCCGUUACCUCAACUCUGGGCAAUUCUUUUCUUCUUCAUGAUGCUCAUAUUGGGAUUGGGAUCUCAAUUUGGAGGGGUUCAAAUGAUGACCACAUCGAUCAUUGAUCAUUGGCCGCAUUUAAGAGAACACGAAGUGCGUGUGACUGCAGGAACGUGCAUUGCUUGCUUCAUUGCUGCAUUGCCAAUGACAUGCAAUGGUGGAGUUUACUUGUUCACAUUAAUGGAAUGGCAUACUGCAUCAUGGGCUAUUUUGUUGAUUGGAUUUGCUGAAGUGAUUGUUUUAUCAUGGGUUUAUGGAAUGUCAAGAACUAUCGACAAUAUUCGUGAUAUGGGAAUGAAAUUAAGAAAGUUAAUUUUGGUAUAUUGGAAAUCCGUUUGGAUCGUUAUUACACCUAUUGGAUCCGUUGCUGUUUUGGCAUUUAUUCUUACAGAUCUUGGAGCAACAGAAUUCCAUGGUUAUAUAUUCCCACUAUGGGCUGAUCUUAUUGGAUGGAUGUUUGGAUUAUCUACUCUUAUUCCAAUGAUUGUUUUAGCUGUCAUUGUAAUAGUUAAAAGGAAAGGAACUAUCAAAGAUUUACUUCGUCCAAAUGAUAAAUGGGGACCACAAGAAGUGGACGGUCAAUAUUUUGAUCGUGCUGGCAUUUUAAUUAAGAGAAUGAAAACAUUUCAUUUUAUUCUAUUCUUUUAUUUGAUAAAUAUUCUUGGUGCUCUCAACCAGAAUGAAAUUCUUAUUAUAGUCUCGUACGAUGCCUUUCGAAAUGAAUAUUUCAACAGAAAUGUAACAGAGUUUACGAAUUCAUUACGAUUUAAUUCAACUCGAGCUAAAUAUUUGCGAAAUGUUUUUCCCACGAAAACCUUCCCCAAUCAUCAUUCAAUAGCAACAGGAGUAUUUCCUGAAGAGCAUGGUGUAAUGGCCAACUCCCUUUAUGAUUUUGACUUAGAGAAACCUUUGAAAUAUUCAUUUGAAUUGUUUCAUUUUAAAAGUGAAAUUAAGCCCAUCUGGAUCCUAAACGAGAUGUCUGGUGGAAGAAGCGGCUGCAUGAUGUGGCCAGGUUCAGACUAUGAAUAUGAUGGUGUGAAAUGUACACACAAUCUGCACUACAAUAUAACUGUUAAUUACACAGAACGUGUUGACAUAGUUUUUCAAUGGAUUCUUAAUAAGGAGUCGCCGGCCAAUCUGAUAAUGUUUUACAUUGAAGAACCUGAUACUCAUGCACAUGCCUUUGGACCUGAAUCGGACACAAUAACACAAUUAGUAUCUAAAUUAAAUACUGUCACUGAAUAUCUUUACAAAAAGAUCAAACAGCAUAAUCUUGAAAAUCGGGUAAAUGUUGUACAUUUGAGUGAUCAUGGUAUGGACAGUCUUCAACUCAAGAAUGUUAUUGACCUUUCAAAAUUGAUUGGGAAUAAAAAAGUCAAUUAUUAUGGCACAACGCCAAUUCUUCAAAUUGUUCCUGAAGAUAUUCAAGAUACAAAUUUCAUAUACGACAAUCUUGUGAAGGCAGCUGAAAGCCAAAGAACUUUUAAAGUUUAUCUCGAUUCGACUCUGCCUGAGCGAUGGCAUUUUUACAAUAAAAAGCGUGUUGGGCCAAUCACCGCAGUUGCUGAUCUUGGAUAUGGAUUCCAAGACAUGUAUCAAUCUGCUGAAUGGUAUGAGAAAGCUUAUAAUAUUGUGAUUACGCCUACAAACAAAUAUGGAGUCCAUGGAUAUGACAAUGCUUAUGAGUCAAUGCAUCCAAUCUUCUUCGCUUAUGGACAUCUUAUUAAAGAUGAUAAUGUUGUGAAUCCUUUCGACACUGUCGAUCUCUUCUUCUUAUUUUGUGAGAUUCUUGGACUUGAGCCACCAAAUUAUCUGAAAGGAAAUCGAGAAAACAUUUUAGGCAUCUUAAGAAAUAUGGAAACAAACAAAUUAUCACGAUGGAUGGUCUUAGUGAUGAGCAUCUUCGCAUCAACAGUGCUAGUAACGACAUUUAUUUUCGUAUCGAGAUUCUUCAGAAGAAAUCGUCCGAUUGUUCCUAAUUAUCUUUAUGAAGAAGACACGAUAUUGGAUGAGUCGAAGAUUCCAAACAUUCCGAUAAAUGUUACACCCACACAGUCUACACAUCCGUCAACUUCAACGUUUCAGGUGGCAUGAGCUUACUGAAAGGGAUUCAAUUAUUUAGCAAAUAAAAGACAUGUUUGUGAUAUAAAUAAUUUUAUUUAAAAAUGAUUUCUUUUCAAUUGAUUUUAAAUACGAAAAUUUCUACUUUAACUCUGCCACUGAAAUGGUUUUUAAAUUAACUAACUUAUAUUUAUAUUUAAGAAAAAGAAAAUGAAAAUAAUUUUACAAGUUGAAAUAUUUAUUUUUGAAAUGUUGAAGCUCAAUAAAGCACUCGUAAGAAUUA